GAUUUCCCCACAGUUGCAGAGAUUGUGGCAAGAACCGGGAUCGGGACGCAGGGUUUUUGCCCUCGGGCGGCGGGCUCGCUGCACUUCGUUGCUCCGUGUACACUAGGUACUGUCGGCCCUGAAGCGAACGCUGAGUCCCCUUUACUGUGAAUUAAGAGGGACUGGGAAAGAUGGGCAGUAUUGUCUGGCCCCACAUCACCUGCACCUGCAUCAUCCGAACCCUUCCUCUGGUUUUACUACCCAGGACCUAGCAAGUGCGGGGCACUGCGAUAGGCCCUCUGUUUUCCACAAAAAGACCUACAGCAAAAUGAAUAAUCCAGCCAUCAAGAGACUAGGAAAUCACAUUAUCAAAUCUCCUGAAGACAAGCGAGAAUACCGGGGGCUGGAGCUGGCCAAUGGCAUCAAAGUACUUCUCAUCAGCGAUCCCACCACGGAUAAGUCAUCAGCAGCACUUGAUGUACACAUAGGUUCAUUGUCAGAUCCUCCAAAUAUUGCUGGCUUAAGUCAUUUUUGUGAACAUAUGCUAUUUUUGGGAACAAAGAAAUAUCCUAAAGAAAAUGAAUACAGCCAGUUUCUCAGUGAGCAUGCAGGAAGUUCAAAUGCUUUUACUAGUGGAGAGCAUACCAAUUAUUAUUUCGAUGUUUCCCAUGAACACCUAGAAGGUGCCCUAGACAGGUUUGCGCAGUUUUUUCUGUGCCCGUUAUUUGAUGAGAGUUGCAAAGACAGAGAGGUGAAUGCAGUUGAUUCAGAACAUGAGAAGAAUGUGAUGAACGAUGCUUGGAGACUCUUUCAGUUGGAGAAAGCUACGGGGAAUCCCAAACACCCCUUCAGCAAAUUUGGGACAGGUAACAAAUAUACUCUAGAGACUAGACCAAACCAAGAAGGCAUUGAUGUAAGACAAGAGCUACUGAAAUUCCAUUCUACUUAUUAUUCAUCCAACUUAAUGGCUAUUUGUGUUUUAGGUCGAGAAUCAUUAGACGACUUGACUGAUCUGGUGGUAAGGUUAUUUUCUGAAGUGGAGAACAAAAAUGUCCCAUUGCCAGAAUUCCCUGAACACCCUUUCCAAGAAGAACAUCUUAAACAAAUGUAUAAAAUCGUACCUAUUAAGGAUAUUAGGAAUCUUUAUGUGACAUUUCCCAUACCUGACCUUCAGAAAUACUAUAAAUCAAAUCCUGGUCAUUAUCUUGGUCAUCUUAUUGGACAUGAAGGUCCUGGAAGUCUGUUAUCAGAACUUAAAUCAAAGGGCUGGGUAAAUACUCUUGUUGGCGGGCAGAAGGAAGGAGCUCGAGGUUUUAUGUUUUUUAUCAUUAAUGUGGACUUAACUGAAGAAGGAUUAUUACAUGUUGAAGAUAUAAUUUUGCACAUGUUUCAAUACAUUCAGAAGUUACGUGCAGAAGGACCUCAAGAAUGGGUUUUCCAAGAGUGCAAGGACUUGAAUGCUGUUGCUUUUAGGUUUAAAGAUAAAGAGAGGCCACGGGGCUAUACCUCUAAGAUCGCAGGAAUAUUGCAUUAUUAUCCCCUAGAAGAAGUGCUCACAGCUGAAUAUUUACUGGAAGAAUUUAGACCUGAUUUAAUAGAGAUGGUUCUUGAUAAACUCAGACCAGAAAAUGUCCGGGUUGCUAUAGUUUCCAAAUCUUUUGAAGGAAAAACCGAUCGCACAGAAGAAUGGUAUGGAACCCACUACAAACAAGAAGCUAUACCAGAUGAAGUCAUUAAGAAAUGGCAAAAUGCUGACUUGAAUGGGAAAUUUAAACUUCCAACGAAGAAUGAAUUUAUUCCUACGAAUUUUGAGAUUUUAUCAUUAGAAAAAGAAGCAACACCAUACCCUUCUCUUAUUAAGGAUACAGCUAUGAGCAAACUCUGGUUCAAACAAGAUGAUAAGUUUUUCUUGCCGAAGGCUUGUCUCAACUUUGAAUUUUUCAGCCCAUUUGCUUAUGUGGACCCCUUGCACUGUAACAUGGCCUAUUUGUACCUUGAGCUCCUCAAAGACUCACUCAACGAGUAUGCAUAUGCAGCAGAGCUAGCAGGCUUGAGCUAUGACCUCCAAAAUACCAUCUAUGGGAUGUAUCUCUCGGUGAAAGGUUACAAUGAUAAGCAGCCAAUUUUGCUAAAGAAGAUUAUUGAGAAAAUGGCUACCUUUGAGAUUGAUGAAAAAAGAUUUGAAAUUAUCAAAGAGGCAUAUAUGCGAUCUCUUAACAAUUUCCGAGCUGAACAGCCUCACCAGCACGCCAUGUACUACCUCCGCCUCCUGAUGACCGAGGUGGCCUGGACAAAAGAUGAAUUAAAAGAAGCCCUGGAUGAUGUCACCCUUCCUCGCCUUAAGGCCUUUAUACCUCAGCUCCUGUCACGGCUGCACAUUGAAGCCCUUCUCCAUGGAAACAUAACAAAGCAGGCUGCAUUAGGAAUUAUGCAGAUGGUUGAGGACACUCUUAUUGAACAUGCUCAUACAAAACCUCUCCUUCCAAGUCAGCUGGUUCGGUACAGAGAAGUUCAGCUCCCUGACAAAGGGUGGUUUGUUUACCAGCAGAGGAAUGAAGUUCACAAUAACUGUGGCAUCGAGAUCUACUACCAGACAGACAUGCAGAGCACCUCGGAGAACAUGUUCCUGGAGCUCUUCUGUCAGAUCAUCUCCGAGCCCUGCUUCAACACCCUGCGCACCAAGGAGCAGCUGGGCUAUAUCGUCUUCAGUGGUCCACGUCGAGCCAACGGCAUACAGGGCUUACGAUUCAUCAUCCAGUCGGAAAAGCCUCCUCACUACCUAGAAAGCAGAGUGGAGGCUUUCUUAGUCACCAUGGAAAAGUCCAUAGAGGACAUGACAGAUGAGGCCUUCCAAAAACACAUUCAGGCGUUAGCAAUUCGCCGACUAGACAAACCAAAGAAACUGUCUGCAGAGUGUGCUAAGUACUGGGGGGAAAUCAUCUCCCAGCAAUACAAUUUUGACAGAGACAAUACAGAAGUUGCAUAUUUAAAGACACUUACCAAGGAAGAUAUCAUCAAAUUCUACAAGGAAAUGCUGGCAGUGGAUGCCCCGAGGAGACAUAAGGUGUCCGUCCAUGUUCUUGCCAGAGAAAUGGAUUCUUGUCCUGUGGUUGGAGAGUUCCCGUGUCAAAAUGAUAUAAAUCUGUCACAAGCACCAGCCUUGCCACAGCCUGAAGUGAUUCAGAACAUGACCGAGUUCAAGCGAGGCCUGCCCCUGUUCCCCCUUGUGAAGCCACAUAUCAACUUCAUGGCUGCAAAGCUCUGAAGACCCCACGGUGGCAGAGUGCAGGCGGACGCAUUCCCGGGUCUUCCAGGCUACGAAACAGUCUUGGCCACUUGAAGAGUUUCUGGUUCACUGUUAGCAACACACACGGAAAAAGAGAUGGUGUCAGAUGUCAUUAUGUAGAAACAUUAAAAAUCCAGAGUAAUUAAAUUACAAGAUCUUAUAGAUGUAGAGUAUUUUUAAAAUACAUGCCUCUUAAAUAUUUAAAAAUUUUUCAUUACUAAGAGAAAUUCCCUUAUAUAACAAUACUUAAAAUGAUGAAUGAUAUUCCUUUAGAACCUUCUUUCCCUCUUCUGUAAAAUAGUUACUUAUUAGAAGAAAAUGUUACGUUUUUUCUAAAAGCCUCCUAGGUUGACAGCAAAGGCUUCAAAGCAGGUAGAAAGAAAGGUAAUACCUUUUUAAAAAGCGAUCCUCAAACUUGCUUUCUACCUGAUGGUUUCGUGUAAAUCAAUGGAGAACAUUACAUUUGGCAGAUAAUGAACAAAGCAAUGCAAUUUUCUUUUAUUAGUGAAAUUGCUGAAUAUAAGGCAUGGUUUUAAUCUUUUUAUAAAAUUUGAACAUGUUUUUUAUUCAAACUAGUCAAAUGCUGGAAAACCCUAGAACACCCUACUUUAUAGUGCUAGAAACACAGAUUCACCUUACAUCAAUUUUGUCCCAAACUGAAUUUCUCAGGAUUACUGUGAUUUGUUCCUUUCUGAUUGAACUAUAUCGACAUUCUUGUUGUUCGUCGUUGGUUUGUGGUGUUCCAUCAGUUUUACUUUUCCCCAUCAACAUGUUACUGUGUUUAACAAGUACAAAUAGGGCGAACUUCAGAUCCCACUGAGUGUGUGACAUGCUUUUCCAACAUCAGCUCGUGUAGACACCUGUCACUUUUUAUUACCAUGAGUGGUAGUAUAUGAACCAAAAUAUUUGCCCCCUUGUGAAUCAAAAGGCAACAAGAACAAAGCCACCUUUUUUGAGGUAUAAAAAAAUAAAGUCUUGGAUUCUCUACUAGCAUGAUCUCCAUAAGACCCUAAAAUCCAUUCUUACUGCCAAUCUAAUAUUCCCAUAAGCAUUAAGGUGUUUUUUUUAAAAUAUAUAUAAAUAUAAACAUAUGAACACACAAAUGAUGACUGCAGUGGACUUUUAAAAAAUAUUUUUCUCAUGAGAUACUAUUUUAAGUGAAAUUGUUACGAUAGCUUUAACAGCUGUUUUGAAAUAUUUGCUGUUACUAAACUUCAAGAGAAAUUGUGACUACCUUCCACACACAGGCGCCUGUAACAAUAGUGGCCCUGUUGUCCACUAACUCAGGCAGAGCAAUGAGUGGCAUUUUCCAGUGACCUGUUACCUCCACACGAGCCCAUUGGGCAGGAUUUCUUUCUGUAGAAUCAUGUCUUUUCACAUCUUCAGUUUUCACAUUUUCCAUUUCCCAAGUAAUCUAAAUUUGGGGCAAGAGUGAUAUAAUCACUGCUGCGGAGGCUGCUUUGGAAAGCGGGGCUCCAUUUCCGUCACAUAAACGUGGUGCUGUAACUGUCUUCUAUCCCUACCUUCACGGGCUUCCUUGUGUGAAGCCCAUCUUUGUCCCUCGGAAGGUGUGUGAGUCCUCACUUCCUUCUGGUUUUAUGCAUUUGUAGACUAUGCAGCUUUUCAUCGAACUGCAAGUAUAUACAAGAGGAAUCUAAAAUUAGCCGUGAGUGUUUGAGUCCACCACUAUAAGGGUGAAUAACUGAGUAACUUUAAGCUCUUGUAAAAAAAAAAAAAGUUAAAUUCAAGUUAUUUUUAUGAACAAGUCACAUGAAGAAAUCUGAAAGGAAUGGCAUGUGGUCUUCCAGGGACGUGAGGUUAUUAUUGGGUGUGCUCCAGCAUCGGCUGGUUUCCAGAUUGGAUCGAGAGCUACCAUUGGAUCGAUCACUCAGGCAUACUAAUGGAUUCAUCUAGCUGGGUCCAAGCUGCAGUCCAGGAACAAUAUCAGACAACCCAGGUUCUGUAUCCCGAAACUAUUUACUCAGUGCUUAGUAAAGAUUUGUGAAACAGACUAAGUUAUUAGUCACCUGCGACAUUUUAGAAGAGUCUUCUGGGCUAGUUGAUUUGGAAGAGAGAGCAUGUGACACAGCCCGUGUGGUGGAGUGCUAGGGUAAUCCUGUUUACAAUAAAUCGCCUGAAUUUAACCUC